AUGUCAGACACCGGGCCUGUACAGUUACCGAAAGGAAAAGUUGUAGGGAAGAAAUGGAAGAUUUUAAGGAAACUUGGCGAAGGAGGUUGCGGUGCUGUGUACAAAGUACAAGACGUCAACAAUAAAGAUAAAUUCGCCGCACUAAAAGCCGAGUCAAAUUUUGUAGCCGGGGGGACUGUAUUGAAAUUAGAAGUGCAGAUUCUACGACGAUUAGCAGGACGACCUCACGUGCCGGAAUUGAUACAUUCAGGAAAAAAAGAACUUUAUUGCUAUAUGGUGAUGACAUUACUUGGUGACAGUCUUAACGCAUUACAAAAUAAUAGAAAAGGGACUCCUGAUUCCGAAGGAAAGCUUGGUACGGUAGCGCCAGGAAGCACGGGGUUGCAGGAGUCAUAUAGCCUACCGAAACGGAAAAGGACUAGGAUGACGAUCUAUACCUAUAACGCACGAGUGAUCAUCGGACAGACCGAUUCGAGACAACGUCACCCUCUCAAUGCCGUAUAUGAAACUGGAGAAGAACAGUUCUUAGGAACAUGCGACAGUAGAGGUAUUGGUGGAGUUGGCGUCCUCGUCAACAGGGGUAUGGCAAAGAACAUCAACUCUUUCGAACAACUUACGACCCGAUUCGGACGUCUGCGGAUGAGAAAAUUUGGUCCAACACCAGCUUUGACUAUCUUUGUCGCUUGCGCACCAUCAUCAAGCUACCAAGAAGAAGAAGUCGAAGUUUUCUAUAUGGACCUGGAGAAGUUCUACCGAGAAGAUCAUGCCUUCUAUAAGGUCAUAAUUGGCGAUUUCAACGCCAAAGUUGGCCUAAGAAGAACGCCUGAGGAAUUUCACAUCGGGACCCACGGCCUACAAUGGGAUGACCAGGCAUCCAUGGGAACUCGCAAUUCCAGGAGCCCUCUUCUCUACGCUGGACGUGGGAGUCGCCCGACGGUGCUGUUGUGCCAAAGUUCUAUACGGGAUCGGACCAUCGCCUCCUCUGAGGGAGAUUUUCCUUCACAAGAGAGAGCCGACAAGUUCAGAGAGAGAAAUCCCAGAACUAUCAUUAACUGGGAUCUCUUGGCUACGAUAGCCGGCUUUUGGGAAGAUUCCGCAAUGGACAACAUGGACGAGGAAUAUGACCGGCUCGUUGAACACCUUCGCGAAGAAGGCUGA